AUGGGGGAUUCUGCAUUGAGUUUCAAAGAAAAACGUUUAAGUCUAGCACGAGAGGUUGAUGUAUUUCAGAGCUUUGUAAGGACUAAUGCUAAUGCACUGGCACUGGAGACACACGAAGAAGAGCCGCUAAUACUUUUAACUGAGGAUCUAAAGGAGGCGAAAAAAGAAGAAGGGACUUUGCCGGAUAGCGGGACAACUCCGUUGCCCGCCGUCACCACGGGGAGGUGCCCUGGAUGCAAACACACGGAUGAAAUUUUUCACUCUUUCAGAAUCCGGAAACCUAAUGACGGCCAAGAACCUAUUUCGGCGGAAGCAACAAAAAAGCUAUCAGAGCAGUUGAGUCAGGAAGUUAAAAAAAAGAGGAGAAAAAGAAAAAAGAACGGGAGGAAUGAGGAGAUAUACUGCGACAAAGACAGAGCGGCUGCUGUUAAUUUGGGUUCGAAGGACAUCAAACAAUCUUUGAGGCUAAAAAGGAAACAAGACCGGUCAAAAUUUUUGCAGAUCCCGGAGGAAGCGGAACCUGGGACGUUUCUGGCUUUAGGAAAUUACGAGAUGUGUAGGGGUGACCUCCGAAUUGCCACAGAUUUUAUUUCAAAGGCGCUUGAGCUCAACCCAGCUGAAAAGAAUGCUCUAGUUGCCAGAAGCAAGUGCUACAUCCUACUAGGCCAACCUGAUAACGCUUUGAAAGAUGCCGAAACCGCUCUGCAAGUCGACAGGCAUUUCAUGAAAGCGAUAUAUCAAAAAGCAGAGGCACUGUACUAUCUUGGAGAAUUUGAACAAAGUUUAGUAUUUUUCCAUAGGGGUUUGCAUAUAAGACCUGACCAUGAGAAAUUCAAACUAGGAGUCCACAAGGCACAAAAGGCCAUAGAAAACGCCAUAGGGUCCUCGUUUUCAGAUCUAAUACGAUCUCGUGCUGCGAGUAUCAGCAAUAUUUCUGAGAAAUCAUCAGCGACUGUUGAGUCUGUCUCAGAGAGUACUAAUCCAACUCCUAAGUCUGCUAAUAGGACUACACCUCAAGGAACCAACAAGUCUUUGAAGAAGAGUAGGUUGCUUAGAGAGCUAGCCCCAGAUAAAGAUUAUUUGGAUAACUUGAUGCACAAUCCCAAUAUAAAAUGUAAAUAUAAAGGAAACGAUUCCACAGUCGAAAAAUACAUAAAGGAGACAGUGGAAUACUUAAAUGCUAGGCAAGAAUUUUGGAGGCAACAGUUACCAGCAAAUCUGAAAUAA